UUGAUCAAUUGGACGUUAUUAAUGUUGUAACUGAACGAUGUAACAGCAGCUGCCUGGUGCGCGUGUGUCGCUAAGCGCCGGAAGUUGCUUGUACCGGAAGUAGCGCCUAUCAAGUGAUCAGUCUCUGCCAAAGGAUUGUCGCUUGAGUAGUCAGUGUCAGUACAAAGAAAACUGCAGCAGCAGCAGCAGCAGCAGCAGCAGCAGGCACAGCAGAGGCUGCACGAGCAGUAGCAACAACAACAACAACAACAACAACAACAACAACACCAUUGUUCAUGACUUUACAAAUGGUAAUUUGGCGAUUCAUUUUUAGGUUGAUAUUUAAUAAAAAAGAAAAGGAACUCAAACAUAGAUGUUCACCGUACAAGACUCUGUGCUGACUGCUUCAAAACGUCAGUUAAAAUCAACUGUUGGCGGACGGACGGAAAAACGUACACGUCAACGUAAGGGGUGACGUUGACCAUUUGUUGCAUGAUCUGCUCGCCAACAAACCACUUCCUGUGAGCUUAUGAGACAAAACCGGAAGUAGCGCAUGCGUCAUGACCCGGAACUCGACCGCAGUGAGUCACGUGGUCAGGAUGAACCGCCGAUCGAGCACCGGAAGUGGGUAUCCCCUGUGGAUGCGGACGCUUGAAGAAAAGUACCAAAAAUUGCACAAGAAAAUCACAGAAAAUACCGGAGCGACGCGAUUCACAAGUUAUGUCGGCCGCUCGGUUUGUGACGCCCGAAUUUCGCAGGCUAUUAAUAAGUACAGAGCGCUGGCACAGAAAAGCGCAUUGCGAGCGGUGGAGCUCAAGGCUGGGGGAACAAACAAUAAUGAAAAUAGUGAUCUACUCUUUGAGAACACAAAGCACGAUUUACAGAAUCAAUAUUUGGAUAAGACUGAUACAAACUGUUGGGACAAUGAAGGAUUUGAAAACUGUGAAAAUGGUGACGAAAUAAGGCCCAUGUCGCCAUGUGAAAGUCAAGCAAAUGAUCAAAAUAGGGUGGAGUGUUUAAGUGAGCAGUCGAACAUUGACGACGAUGAGCGGAUAUAUGAUGAAAAUGACGUGGAGUGUAUGAAUGUAGAGGAAGCUGAUGCGGAAGUAGUUGACGUAGAAGAAGUAGAAAACUUUUCUGCGGGCUUUGUGCCAGAUCCUAAGGUGUUGGUGGGGCGUAAUCUUGAUAAAACCAGAACUGUCGUGGAAGGUGAACAGAACAAAAUAAACAACGAGCGAUAUGAUCGCCGCCAUUUGCAGACAUCACUGAGUAGGGCUAGUAAGACCACGUCCAAAUCGUGCCCGGCGAAGAUACAGAACCACCAUCAGAUUCACCACAUUCACAAGCAUCCGAGCAGCCACGGCCACGUGAUCGGUGGCCAAGGGCACAUGCACAGCGGCCAGGGGCAAGCGCAAAAACAGCUCCUGGCGACGCGGAGCCGGAGCGUCCACCGCCACAGGAUGUUCACGCCCAUGUCAGCGGAGGCGAAACACGCUAUCACGGAAACCAUUCAGGAAAUGAGCAUAUCAACCGGACGUACCGAGAUGGACGCAAACUUUGUGCCCAGCAGAGGGCGCGUUUGUGUGAAAAACUGGUCAAGUGGGAAGAAACCUAAACAAGCUUACAAUACAAACGCUGUCUUAGACAAUGCAUCGCAUUUUUUGAACAAUAUGAAUAAUGUGGAGAGUGCAAAACCUACGGAGAAGCCGCCUUCGUUAAACGGAUCAUGUCGCUCCUCUGCAGGGUCAGGGACGCGCCGGUCGGAAUCGCGACUUCCGGAAAUCCAGAACGGCAGUACGCGCGACCGUAGUAACAAUGACAGACGACAAUCUUACAUCAUCCCCGGUAUCGGGAAGUACAAAAUCUCAUCGGAAGAGCCCGUCUUCGAGAUAACGCCGCCGGGAUUUGACAUCCGGUACACGGACGUGGAGCCGCACGAGGAGAGGGAAUCCGAGACGCCACCACCGGAUAUCCGGCAGCGCGCCAUCGACAAGUGUUCCGAGUGGCUUGUGAAAUAUAACAAAUGAGGGCAGUUUUAUUCUUUCACCACGAGUAGGUUGAUACAAAGACCUGGAUUACGCAAUCGAAUGGGCAUCUAGGAAAUAUUGAAGUGACACUCUUAUUCAAAAUCAUUACAUAAACAUGUAUAACAAACAUAAUUAUUUAGUGAUAAACCUUUAACUACUUAAUUAAUAAUAAUUUAUGGAACAUAUUAAUUACUGAUAACAGGAUUGUUACCGUGUAUUUAAUAGCAGAAAACGCAAAAGUAUUAAGAUGAUGGUGAGUGCUAAAAUAUUUACUAUGAUCUACUAUAGUCUCAUAAGGCAGAAAUACCAUGUUUUCUGUAUCUUUCUUUUCAAAUUAAACUCGGUAUACUUAUUAAACAAGAACCAUUGUUUUCGAGAUGUAUUCAUCCGUUUUGGAAUAUCAAAACAAUUGUAUUUAUUGUGGUUCAUCUGAUUUGGAGUAAGAGUGCAUCUUUAAUUCAGUGCACGUACACACUACGGCUAUAAGUGAUUUAUUCAUGGGUAUUUGAGCGAACAAGUGCUGUUUGUGGCGUAGGGUUUAUAGUCUAGAACGUUUUUUUCUCUCAAUAAAACGUGAUUGAAGUAGCACAGCUGGCUUGGGUUGUUUAAGGUGGGCUUAUCAUCUUGUUCGAGGUGGGCUUAUUCUUGUUCGAGGUGGGCUCAUCAUCAUCUUGUUCGAGGUGGGCUUAUUCUUGUUCGAGGUGGGCUUAUUCUUGUUCGAGGUGGGCUCAUCAUCAUCUUGUUCGAGGUGGGCUGAGCAUUUUGUUCGAGGUGGGCUUAUUCUUGUUCGAGGUGGGCUCAUCAUCAUCUUGUUCGAGGUGGGCUGAGCAUUUUGUUCGACGUGGGCUUAUUCUUGUUCGAGGUGGGCUCAUCAUCAUCUUGUUCGAGGUGGGCUGAGCAUUUUGUUCGAGAUGGGCUUAUUCUUGUUCGAACUGGGCUUAUCAUCAUCUUGUUCGAGGUGGGUUGAUCAUUAUGUUCGAGGUGGGCUUAUUCUUGUUCGAGGUGGGCUUAUCAUCUUGUUCGAGGUGGGCUUAUUCUUGCUAGAGGUGGGCUUAUUCCAGUUCGAGGUGGGCUGAUCAUCUUGUUCGAGCUGGGCUGAUCAUUUUGUUCGAGUAGGGCUUAUUCUUGCUGGAGGCGGGCUUUGAAUCUGUACAAACUCUUACUUCAUUUAUAAGUUAUAGUUCACAUGUAGUUAUAGAUAAAAGGUUUCAUGAAAAACGACACUACUGCUUCAAAAAUACAAUUUAAUCAUUUGUGUUAUUAUAAAAAAUGUGUUAUAUAGUGCAAUGACCCAUUUUCUGCCUCAGUUGAUUAUGCAAUAGUUCCAUUUUUAUCAAAAUGUCUCUCGAAUUGAAAUUAGAUUUAAAGCUGCACUCUCACAGAUUGAACGUUUUGACAACUUUUCCAAAACAAAAUGUUAAAAGAAGCCACUUGAUUUGUUAAAGUGCAUAGAAACGAGUGAUAUAAGACUUCUGACAAACAAUCAGAUCGCAGGUUUUCAUAUUAAUGUUGAAAAAUUGAUAUUUUAUGCAUUAUUUUUCGGGUUAAAGCGUUAUAAACGCUUUUGGCCAUAAAAGAUUGAUUUUGGAACGGAAAUAUAAUCAUCUGCGAUCUGAUCUUUUGUCAGCAAUCACCUCUCACCUCUAUCACUGGUGUUCAGAUAUUUACGCAAACAUUGGCUCAUUUCAAGACAAAAAAUAAAAGAAAAACUUGUCAAAACGGUAACUCUGUGGGAGUGCAGCUUUUAUUAAGUCACCUUGUAAAAAAAAUAAACACCUUUUUAACGUUGUCUUAUCUAUUUUAUAUGACUAUUUUACUAUGUCUUAUGGGUUUAUGUCCUGUAACAAUUUUCUUUUUUAAAAAAGAUCCUCGUUACACGGUUAACACCAGAAAUAAAUAUAAAUCAAUUUGUAAGGAGCUUUUUGGCCUUUCGAUUUCUAGCCAAAAUCCUCCAUAUUAUAAAUAUGUUUUUUUGAAUAACUGUAAUAACUUGAAUUCAAUAUGUAUGUAACAGUUUAACAAUAGAUAAAUCAUUUGAUGACAUUUGAUAAAAACAACAAGUAUUAUUUUGGGGAAUGUUGACAUUCUAUAUCUAAGGGAAUCAUAUAAAUCGAUCUGGUUAAUCCGAUUAAUUAAUUUUAAGAUGAACAUCAAUAUUCCGUUUCAUAUAUUAUAUAUAUAUAUACACACACACUAGCUGAAUUAAGAAACCGUGCAUGAAAAAACAUACUAGUUAUGAAAUAGCCCCAGAAAUAGAAUUGAUUUUAAAGAUUAUUUAAUCCUGAGAAUUAUCACAAGCUUUGAGGUAGUACCUCCUGAGAAUUAUCACAAGCUUUGAGGUAGUACCUCCUGAGAAUUAUCACAAGCUUUGAGGUAGUACCUCUAUCUAUUACAGUUACAUUUAUGUCUUAAACAGUUGAGGUAAGCCUCAUUUUAUCACCAAAAGGCUUGACGUUAUUUUAGACCAAUGUCGAUUGAAGCAUGGUUUCUUUGUUCCGCUGGUAUAAUUAUAUCCUUAGUCUAAAACAGUAUUACAAUAUUAUUGUUGUUUGUUUAAUGUUUUACUUUUCAUUCCGGUAUUCAGCCGGCUGAGUGGACGUUGGUUUACAUGUCUUUGCGUAUUUCUGGUGUUGUCUAAUUGUGAUAAAAUUACUACUCCUAAAUCAGCAACAACAACAACAACAGCAACACCAACAUCGUUGUUAGUGACGUAAACCAAUUUUCUUUGCAUUCAUGUUUUAACAACAUAGAAAAUGACAAAUUAUGAUAAAUGACAAAUUAUGAUACCUAUGCAACAUAGAAAAUGACAAAUUAUGAUAAAUCUGACUCAAAUUGUGAAUGUUCGUUGUCUGCAAAAUAUUUAGAUUCAGUAUUCAAAUGUAUAUGGGCAAUACAAUUUUGUUCACGGGUGGGGACCAUUGCCUUGCCUCGGGUGUACAGGGUCAUCUUGUCGACGAAUGUACGGCAAAACAUCGUAAUGUCAAGAAUGUCAGAUCAAUAUUAAAUCAUUGAAUGGGGUUAUUUUGUGAAUCAAGUUAAAUUAACCGACCUAUACUUUACCUAUGUAUACUGACUGGUGGCCUAGUGGAUAUGGAGUCGGUUUUCUAAAAAAAAAAAUCUUGACUCUACCGUAGUGGGUUCGCACCACACUAAAACCAAAAUACUGUUUAAUACUAUAAUUAUAUAUUUUUUCUGUAAUUUCGAUAUCACGGAGUAAAACAAUUAUAAGUGUUUUCAAUUGUAUUUACGGGGAAAUAAUUUUGAUCCAAAAACAUGCGCGAGUUUUUUUUUAAAAGGGACUCGUUCUCAUAUUUAAAUGUGCGACAUUUUCUUUCAAACAUUUUUGAAAACAUUGGAGGAUGCUCGUUUAAAAUAGUAUUUUGUAAUUCUGAGCCUUAAAUCGUCCAAUUUGCACAAAGCGAUACUUACGCUUUUUCAGCGAAAUAUUAUAAAACUAUAAAGCUCUUGUUUGAUUUUUCGAUGAACUUUUAUCAUUUUACAAGCAAUUUGUUUACAUCUGACACUAUCAUAAGUUUUGUUGUAUGACCCUAUAGAACGUGAACAACUCCCUUUAAAGCUGCACUAUCAUAGAAUUAUCGUUUUGACAACUUUAUUUAUUUAUUUUUUGAUCUUUGAAUAAGCCAUUUUUGCGUAAGUGUCCGGAAACUAGUGAUACAAGACUGCUGCCAAAAGAUCAGAACGCAGUUUAUCUUAUUUACGUUCGAAAAAUGAUGUUUUAUGGUGAAUGGCGUUACUUACGCUUUAAGAAAAAUGGAACUUGCUGCAGUUUACCAAACAGUUGAGAUCUGUUCUAGUGUGAUUUAUCUAAUAUGAUUGAAUUGAAGGUACUGAUGCCAAUAUCACCCGAUUCCGUGACAAAAAACAACAACAAACAAAACAAAAAGUGUCAAAAGUGACAAUCUGUGAGAGUGCAGCUUUAAAUGACAGUAACUAUUUAUUUUCAUCCAAUAUCCAUCAUUCAUGUAUUUUAUUGUAUGUUCUCCAUGGUUCCAUCUUGAGCUCAUCAUCUGUUGAAUUUGUUUUAUUAUUUGUUAUAUUUUCAUAUUUUUCUGGUUGUUAUACAAACUUCUGUGAUAUGAGGCCAAUUGUUCACAACUUCGUUAAUGUAAACGACCUUGUUAACGGAUUCGUUGUUAACUUUCAAAAGUAAAAUAUUUAUGAUGCGCUAAUAUAUAUUUUAGUAAAACAGGCAUAGCCGAAUCAGGCCCCAAUUUCUCGAAACUUCUUAAGCUUAACAGGCUUAAGUAGCUUAUUUCACGUAGCCAGGAUACAUUCUUAAAUUUGAUUUCGAUAAAUGAAAAAUUGUUUAUUGUGACAAUCAUAGCAUAAUUCUUAUUUAAAGUCUUAAAUCUGUAAAACAAAAUCGUUAAAUAACAUAAAUUAUAGGGAAAUAAAAAUAGUAAAAUCAGCUUAAUCCCUCUAUAAAUGCCUUAAGAAGUUUCGCGAAAUUGAGGCCAAUAGUUUAAAUAUUUGUAUAAAGUACCGAAAAUCACACGUGUGUCCAUGAAAAACCUUCAGCGUAUAAAAUAUUUGAAAGUUAACAACGACUCAGUUAACAACGUUGUAAACUUUAACAAUGUUUCAGACAAGCGGCCCAAAUUGUGUUUUGUAGACAUAUUAAAUUAAAUAAAUAU